UGCAGUUGCGAGUUGCUAGUUGUAGCCAAACUCACUUAGCAGCUGACAAUGACAGUCGCCUGCCUUUCUUCUCCCGCACCACCAGCAGCACCACCACCACCACCUGCAGCAGUUGCAGCACCACCACGAUUACCACCACCCCCUUCAAGUUCACCUGCGUUAAUAGCCGCCUGGCAGCCAAGUGUCUGGGAAAGGCUUUGCCCAGUUGCCUAAACGACAUUGUCACUUGCGGUUGGUUGGGCGCACCAUCUCCUGCUGCUCGUACAUCCUGCACGUCCUGUUCGUCCUGUUCGUCCUGAUCGUCCUGUUUGCGGCUUCUGCAGUCGAGUUGCCAUCGGCUUAUGGCAGCUUGAGCAGCAGCGACAAUGUGCCACGCUGCUGCUGCUGCACUGUGUAGUGAUAAACAUGCGCGCUUUUCGGCACAAAUCAAUUAGCAAUUGAAUAUUGGCGAACUCAAAGACGCAAAUAAGCAAAGACGGCGCAAAUGUCCGACGGCCAAAUGACAAAUCAACUGAAUGUGCAACAGCAGGAACAGCAUCCGCUGCUGUCAGCCAUCAACGGAAAUAAUUAUGCUCAAACGCAGCGUGUGCAUUACUAUCCCAACCACUACAGCCCGAGUCACUACUUGCCGGGCCAUUACCACCAAGGACACCAAGGAUACCCAGGAUACCCAGGAUACCAGGGGCAGCAGGGACGACCAACGCUCCUGGCGGCCGCCAGCAGCCACAACGGUGCUUAUGCGGCCACGGCGGCUGGCAGCGGACACUCCGGCUACGGCGGCAUCGAGCCAUCCGUGGAGUACGAGUUGGACCAUGACCCCACCUCCUUCCAUCCCAGCAGUGCGGGCAGUGGUCCCGCAUAUCCAUCUGCCCACCAUUCGCCGCCGCAACCACCACCACCGCCGCCUCCGUCCACCAAAUCGUCAAAGAAAUCGAAGAAGAGCAACGGCUCGGUGAUGAACGCACUGACGCUGCUCUCGUUCUUCUUCUUUGUGAACAUGCUGCAGAACUGCCUGAAGGAUCACAUGGCGGACAUGAAUCCCACCGUGAUGGUGCUCACAGCCAGCGGCACUCGCAACCGUUUCAACAAAUUAGCCGAGAUGAAUUCACGCGAACAGACCUCCUCCACCACGGCCACCGAAUCGGUAACAUCAGCGUCAGCGGCAGCGGCAUCAUCUUGGAAUCAUCAGGCGGCGGCGGCUGCUUUAGUUCCGGCCGUGGAGCCCAGUCCAUUGCCGCCCUCCAUUGUUACGCCCACGGUGGUGCUGCAAUCGCCCUACGGCGGUCACACGGAGAUGGCCAAUAAUAAGAGAAGACCACCACACCACCGCCAGCCAACGGAGUACCACCACUCGCAUACCCACGAUUAUCGGCCCAAUGAUGAUGAUGUUUAUAAUUACCAUGGGCAGCGCAGACCACCGCCUCAGACCUUCUCCACCAGCGGCAAUGAUGCCGAUUUCUAUCCUAAUCGCACACACAUCGACCACUCAUCCCGGCCCGACUUUGAAUCGGACUCCAACUCCAACUCCAACUGGAACUCGAACUCAAACUCGGACGCGGGCGGCGAUUACUAUCAGCACCACUACAACCCGUAUGCCGGUAUGGCGGCGACCAGCCACCGGAGGCAUCCUUGGUCUUAUGGCAGGCAGCGUUACUCAUCCGCACCGUGGUCUUCAGCUUCGUUGGGCGCUCAGUCGGGCGUGAGCUCUUACUUGGAUAAUGCCCAGCGCCGGCAAGGUGAUGAUGAUGACGAUGCUCAUGGUUAUGGCGAUGGCCACAGGGAUAGGAAUACGAAUAGGAAUAGGAAUAGGAAUGGGGAUGGGGAUGGGGAUGGGAAUGCAGAUGCGUACUGGGAUGAGGAUGAUGAUGAUGAGGAUGAGGAUGGUCAGCAGCGGCGACGCAGCGAUGCUUUCUAUACUCGCACACGCAUUAAUUGAAUGCAAGAAUUCCGCGCACAUUUCCAUGUUGCAUGGUGGGGAUGUGCUGCAUUAACCCAUUGCACACAACAAAAAAACGUGGGGGUGGCAUUAUGUGGAUGGGUAAAACGAUUUGAAUGGUUUUUCUUUUUUAGCACAGCUAAAGCAGCGUUUAUGGCUUAUGGCUUUUAACAUGCUGCAAAUAUUAACUACACUUUGCUGGCAAUUUAAAAACUCAAAUACUAAAUUUAAGUAACUUCAAUUGCUGAUUUUUAGAUAAAGUUUUGCUUUAAUUGUUAGCUUUCAGAUAAAGUUUAGCUUUUAUUGUUAAU